UGGCCUGGGGUUGCUAUGGAGACAGGACGCGGCAACUUACUGAGCAACCAGCACAAAGAAAUCGCUUAAGAGACCGCGGCAAAGUAACUGAACUGAGUUGCUUUCUUCCAUAUUUUCACUCCUUCUUCAUCCAGAACAUUGCUUCUCGAACUCCUUCCAUGGAAGAGCCAACAUCCCCGAAGCAAGAAAAAGAAAAUCAAGAACUAGGGGAAGCAAGGCGGUCUUGGGAAGUAAAGACAGCAGCUUCUCCCCAGUAUUCUGAGGCUGCGUCGUUUGAGCCCUUGGAGGCUAAGCAGGGGCUAGAAACUGGACGCCAGUCCAGAAGCAGCCGUUCUUGGAGCCUCCAGUCUGGAGCCAGGACGUCUCUGGGUGGUCCCGCAGGACCAGAAACAUCAUCGCCUGCUCCUCUAUCUCCGCAGGAGUCCUCUUCCACUCCUUCUCCCCUGGCUCCGGCCAUGCAAGACCUCGCGGCACCACCUCAGUCAGACAGGACCACUAGUGUGAUUUCUGAAGCUGGGACACCUUAUCCUGAUCCUUUGGAACAAUCAUCUAAAAAAAGAGAAUCAACUCCUCAUCACACAAGCCAAUCAGAGGGAAACACCUUUCAACAGUCUCAACAAUCCAAACCCCACCUGUGUGGACCAAGGGCCGUGAGCUAUAACAACGCUAACCAGAAAGAGCUGAGAUUUGACGUUUUUCAGGAGGAAGACUCAAACAGUGACUAUGAUGUACACCAGCCUGCGACAGGUGGCUCUGAAGUGGCCCCCAGCAUGCUUGAGACCACCAUUCAGAAUGCUAAGGCUUACCUGCUGAAGACUAGCAGCAAGUCGGGCUUAAAUCUAUAUGAUCAUCUUUCUAAUAUGUUAACCAAGAUAUUAGAUGAGCGUCCUGAAAAUGCUGUUGACAUCAUUGAAAAUAUUAGCCAAGAUGUGAAGAUGGCACAUUUUAGUAAAAAAUUUGAUGCACUCCAAAAUGAGAAUGAGAUGCUUCCAACAUAUGAAAUAGCAGAAAAGCAAAAGGCUCUUUUUCUCCAGGUACAUUUGGAAGGAGUUGACCAAGAAUUAGAAGAUGAAAUAGUGGAAAAUGCUCUUCCAAAUGUAAUGGAAUCAGCUUUUUAUUUUGAACAAGCUGGAGUUGGUUUGGGCACAGAUGAGACAUACCGCAUAUUUCUUGCCUUCAAGCAGCUUACUGACACCCAGCCAAUCCAAAGAUGCCGCUUCUGGGGAAAGAUCUUGGGUCUGGAAAUGAAUUAUAUUGUAGCCGAAGUGGAAUUUCGUGAGGGGGAAGAUGAAGAGGAAGUGGAAGAGGAAGAUGUAGCUGAAGAGAGGGACAAUGGAGAAAGUGAAGCUGGUGAAGAUGAGGAAGAUGAAUUACCAAAGUCCCUUUACAAGGUCCCACAGGCUAUACCAAAAGAAGAAAGUAGAACAGGUGCCAACAAAUAUGUCUAUUUUGUUUGUAAUGAACCAGGAAGACCAUGGGUAAAGUUACCACCAGUUACACCUGAACAAAUUGUUAUUGCAAGAAAAAUCAAGAAAUUUUUCACUGGGCGAUUGGAUGCUCCCAUCAUAAGCUACCCACCUUUCCCAGGAAAUGAGAGUAAUUAUUUACGAGCGCAAAUUGCCCGAAUUUCAGCAGGAACCCAUGUCAGUCCUCUAGGAUUCUAUCAGUUUGGCGAAGAGGAAGGAGAGGAGGAGGAAGAGGUAGAAGGCGGCCGAAAUAGCUUUGAGGAAAACCCUGAUUUUGAAGGCAUACAAGUGAUUGAUCUAGUAGAAACCUUAUCUAAUUGGGUUCAUCAUGUACAGCAUAUUCUCUCUCAGGGUCGCUGUAACUGGUUCAACUCCAUACAAAAAAAUGAGGAAGAAGAAGAGGAAGAAGAUGAAGAAAAAGAAGAGCCUGACUAUAUAGAACAGGAAGUGGGGCCUCCUCUUUUGACACCAAUCUCUGAGGAUUUAGAGAUUCAGAAUAUACCCGCUUGGACAACACGGCUAUCAUCAAAUCUCAUUCCACAAUAUGCUAUUGCAGUCCUUCAAUCCAACCUCUGGCCUGGAGCAUAUGCCUUCUCCAAUGGCAAAAAGUUUGAAAAUUUCUACAUAGGCUGGGGUCAUAAGUAUAGUCCAGACAAUUAUACGCCCCCAGUUCCACCACCAGUUUAUAAAGAAUACCCCAGUGGACCAGAAAUUACAGAAAUGGAUGACCCUGGUGUGGAGGAGGAGCAGGCUUUCAGGGCCGCACAGGAAGCAGUUCUACUCGCAGCUGAGAAUGAAGAAACUGAGGAAGAUGAAGAUGAGGAAGAUGAUUAUGACUAAUAAACAUAAAAUUAGCCUGGUUUUGCGUGACACUGAUACACACACACCCCUUAUGUGGGACUAAUUUUACACAUUUGUGUGUGUGUGUGUAUGUAUAUGUGUAUGUGUAUACAUACCUAUGUAAGAAAUUUUCAUCUCCAAAAUGUCAAUCUUUAAAAUAUAAGGCUUGAAAUUUCAUAGGUAGAAAUAUUAGUAUGUUUAAUGAAAGAUACGGGAUUUUCCAGAGGCUAAAUAACGUGAUCACAUCAUUGUUCUGGGGGUUAUGGAUAAUGGAAUAUGUGCUUGUACAUUCUUAUUUUUAAAAGGUCUCAGGUUUCACAUGGUCCAGGUGAGGUAAAAAAAUUAA